CUACGGAAUCCAGAAGAAACUGCGAUCAAAAAAGAUUCGCCAUCGCACCAAAUUGUAGGAAAUAGAAUAGAAUAAAAAAAUAUGAUAUUGAAAUUGGAUAUUAAAAAUUGAUAUAUUUAAAAACGUUGAUAAUACCAUUCCGAUAUGCAAUCUUAGAAAUGCUGAAAUGCCUUUUAUUCAACGAGCGCUGUGUUGCAAUUGUUAGAGAUCGUAUUCGUUAUUUGGGCUGAGAGCGCGAUAUAUGCUGAGCGAAGAGAAAAGAGGAGCUCUGUUUCAGCAUGGAAGAAAUACGAGAGAUCAGUUUUGUGACGAAGAUUGAUGAGAACGGACGCGUGUGGAUAAUGAAAAAAAAAGAAAAGAAAACUCUGAAAAGAAAAAUGACUGCCAUGUUUCAAUUUGUGCAAAAGGAAAUCCCGACAAUGGCAUGGUCGGUAGAAGUUGUGUGCUCCCAAUUUUUGGUACCAUUUAUGGAACUUUUGUGCGGAAAUAAUAACAUUUGUGCAGCAAAGUGGAAAAUAGUGUUUGUUAAUCCAUUUUCAGAUUGUUGUUAAAGGAAAAUGUUUUUGCUUAAUGAUGCUUCUACAACCAAUAAUACAAGACCAAUAUCGGAGCUAUGAGAUGAAGUCCAGGAGCAGUAACCCUAUUUGUUUAUGUUGUCGAUACUCACCAGACUCGUUAAAUAAAUUUCAAGAGUCUUGAGAAAAUAAUUAAUUCCAGUUACAGUUUCAUUCAUGGAUUCACAAAUUGAAGAAUCAUACGAAGCCGAGGAAUAUCUCGAUGAGGAUGGCCUUGAUCUGCUAGAGGAAACUGCUGGGAAGAAUACACGAAUGUACAGCAUUGAGGUUUCCGACGACCAGCGAGAAUUCCGGCCGCUGAGUGACGAUGCUCCUAGAGAGGACAUCCUAGCAGAUGAAUCCCUAGUUGACACCGAUAAUUUAUUUGAAGGAGAAGAUUUUGUUUUUUCCUUUACUGGCGUAUUUUGCCGAAGAUUGUAUCGCAGUCAACAGCGCCCCAAGGAGAGUGUCAGAGCUCUUGUGAAUGGGAAUUCAGUGGACGAAACUAUCGAAUCAAUCUGGAAUCAAGCAAAGCAUUUGAUGAACCGGAAAGUUAUAUUCGAAAAUGAUGUUCCAAAUUGGGCAGAAAAAACAGAACCAACCAUUGACGACAUUCAGGAGUUUGUAAAUUUGCAGGACGAGGUGAAGAGAAGGAUCUAUACUGUUAGUGUUUUGACACCACGGCUGCUGAGAAACUGGCGCGGCAAGAGCGUUAAAAUAUUUGUCUAUGCAUUUUCAACUGCAGUGGAGACGGCCGGCCAGUAUCAGCAAGUAGCAAAACGGUUGUUGUCACCACAAAAUCCAGAUCGAGCGGGCGCUCAUUCCACAAGGGAUGACUCUGCGUUGGCUGAUGAACUACGGAAGAAUCAUUGUCAUCUAGAAGGCCAUCAAAGUUCGUGGUUACUAUGGGCCAACACAAUCAAUUCUUCACCAGCCCAUAUGCAGGAAGUUCUGAAGCAAGCGGAUUCUCCUCCUAUCGAGCUGUCAAAGUAUUUCCGCUGGGCAGCCGUUUCUGAAGCAGCACGUUUGCAAUCAAUUCAUCGUGGAAUGGUUGUAGCUCAGACAUCCAAUAAUACCUGGUGUCGCGAAUUGGAUGAUUUGAAGACUGAAGUUUCCCUUGGAAUUUCAGUUCUACAGGGAGUAAUGCGCAAAUUGGAGGCCAUGACGAUCCGAGGAAGUUCCGAGUCGGAGCUAUUCAGUGCGAUGGAAUCGGCCACACGCCCAGAGGAAACAAGUUUGAGUCACUCAUUGGCGGAUAAAGUAAUGGAUUGCACUGAUGUUGAUCACGCGUAGAAGUAAUUUAUAGAGAAAAGCACUUUUAUGAUGUAAUGACCAUUUCCAAAAAAUCUUUCUUUCGCAGCUUUUGAUAAGCGAA